UGUCACGCUUGGAGGCUUGUUUUGUUGCAGAAUGGCGUACGGCUCGCACAUUUGAAAAAUAAUCUUCAAUUUACACCUAAAAUCCUACGAUUCCAAGGCUCGAAAGACCUCAAGAAGAUGUCUUCGGAUAACUUACACCGUAGAUACACAGCAAUAAUGCGAUGUUGUCACAUAUGCAGCCGAUGCAGAAAAGACGAGGAGAUCAUAGCAGCUCUCGUGCAUCAAUGAGAGAAAAACUUGUGGAAAAGAAAAAGGCCAACCAAGAACAUGAGAGUAACUUCAAUGCUGGUCGUGUGAAUGUACAGGAAAGACAUCUUCACAGAACUGGGAUCAGAGGAAGAAAAAUCUGGUGUUUUUUAGCUGUGUUAUACUUGCUUGCAUUGAUGUGUAUAAUAAACCUAAUUAUUCUAUCUAUCAUGUAUUCAGUGUUGCAAAUCAAGACAGAUGGUAUGAAGUCACUCUCGUUUUUUGAGAAUGGCAUGCUCAGAUGGACCAAAAAAAGUGAUCUAGAAAUUGUUACCGCUUACAAGCAUGAGAUUGGCGGAUUUAGGGAUCAGAGCUUGGAUAUCGAGUCUCAGGGGAAAAAGAUUAUAUUGCAUGGAGGACCAACCACAAACAGCCCUCAAGUCCAUGUUAAUUCUGAUGGGAGUGGUGUCUUCAAGGCCAAAAAGGGCUUUCGGUUUGAGGAUCCAUAUGCUGAGAAAGAGGUCAUUACCUUUGAUGGCAACAAAGUGUUGUUCCUGCCAGAGUACAUCAAGGGUGAAGAGAUUGGCAUGAAUAGAAUUAUCUCCCAUAGGAUUGUAAGUGAUGAUAAUAAUAAUCUAACACUGUCAGCCAGUACAUCCAUGGAUAUCAGUGGCCAUGAGGGUGUCAAUAUGGAUGGAAAGACAUUGAAAUUUGAAGCAAACACUGAUGUGAAUAUUAUCUCCUCAGUGUCAAAUCGCAUGGAACUCAGUGCUCAGAAAGUGGCAUUGAAACCUGCGUCAAACAGUAUCCCAUCAAACACCAAGAAUUAUAAACUUUGUGUUUGCCGCACUUCAUCGAAGCUGUAUGCAGUUGAUUCACCACAGAAUGCCAGUGUCACAUGCAAGACAAUUGAAAAAAUUUGCUGAUCCACACAAUAUUUAGAUAGACACCGUGUAGAGUGGUUUUCAUAGACCAUUGAAACAAAGUGUAAUGGUCAAGGUGUAGUCCGGCCAGCACAAAAGAUAUCUCAUAGUUGUCAGCUCAACAGCAUUAGGUGGGCAUCACAAGAUUUUGGACCUCAUCCCCAGCCUUAUUUCUGUGAGAAUGUUCAUACAUUCUCUGUAUUCACUCACAUUGGCUCUCUUAGUUUUUUCACAGAUUUACUGUAUUUCACCCGAUUUCACAAGAUCUCUGUCCAAGUUGAGUUGACAGCUAUGAGAUCUAAGACAUAGAGUGUAUUAGUGCUAAAUAAGCUUUAAGUGUGUAAACCAAUCUAAGCAGCAUAGCCAUGAUUUUUGACAGGAGGGGCCCAAAAGGCCCUUUCAAGACAUUUUCUCCUGUAUUUUAGAUAAUGUCUCAGACAUUUACUGUCUUUCUUGGAAUAAUAUUGGAAUAUUAUUCUCCAAUAUCAAUCUUCUAGUGAAUGUAGCUGUAACAAAAUCUGAUUCUUAAUCUGUUCUACAAACUUAUGUACCCUGAAGUAUAUCUAUGCCUUCCAUUGUUUAGGCAGGUGAAAAUGUUUUGGGGUUUUAAAUAUAGGGGGGUAUAUAGAAUAAGCUAAUUUGUCCUGACAUAACUAUAAAUUGAUAAAAAUUGAUAAUCAACGGGCAAUUGAUAACUGAGUGAUAUCAAUUUCCUUGGUUAUCAGGUAUGAUCAGUAAUUGAUAACAAUCGAUACUCAAUUUUUCCUAUAUUCAAUUCAGUUGAUAUCAAUUAUUAUCAAUUUUUUUAAUACAUUCCAGCUUUAAAUUCGAUUCAUAUCAAUUAAAUUGAAGUCAUGAUUGCCAAUGAGUGGGGUGAUAAGAGAAUUUCUGUAAGUGUUUUGGAGAUUUAUUUUCGAUACCUUGGUUAUACUGUAGUUUCUUCACAUAUAUUUCCUUUAGUGUAGUGCACAGUAUAAAACAAGUAAAUGAUAGAAUAGUUGAGAUAAACCCCAAUACAUAAAAUAAAAUACAGCCAUUUUUACAUUUGUAGAGAAAGCAAUAACAAGCUAUAUUUUAAAAAAAUAUGAGUUUUUUUAAGCAUUUUAAAGUUGUACAAAAUGAUUUUUAAGCCAGUUGUUCUAUGUACUAGGAUGUAAAAUUAUAUAAGAUAAUAAAUUAUGUAAUUUCA